CCUCUUCCUAAAAAAUGAAUGAACACCAUAUCCAGUUCAACUUUAAUUUCAUCUUGUUCUAAUUUUAAAUGAUUAUUAAAUUGGACAUAGAGAAGAGAAGAUGAAUAUUAUUGCAUGUCGUUCGCACCCUAACCCUACAAUUUUGCCCUAUGCUCCUCAUUCUUCUCUAACUCACCAAUAUCCUCUCAGGUUCGCCGUUCUUGGCGCUGGUUUCGCUGGACUUUCCGUCGUUUGGCAUUUGCUCAAUCAAAGUCCUAAGGAGUUGAACCUAAAUAUUCAUUUAUAUGAUGAAUUUGGUAUUGGUGGUGGUGCUUCUGGAAUUUCUGGAGGUCUUCUUCAUCCUUAUUCCCCAAAAGUUAAGCCUCUAUGGGAGGGUGCUCAGUGUUGGGAAGAGACCAUAAACCUUUUCACAAUUGCUCAACAAGCUACUCAACAUCACAUCAAACCUUUUCUUCCUCAUAAAAGGGGCAUCUUACGACCGGCAAUGGAUAUCAAGAAUAUGACCAAAUUGAAUCAUAAUGCCAAGACUUCACUUCCUUGCUGCAGAGUACAAACACUUAAUAAUCAAGCCGCUCAAACUCUUUUACCUGGUCUAUGUUUACCAUUUGACACAGCUUUCUUUAUGCCUCAAGCUCUAAAUAUCAAUCCUCGACACUACCUUGAGGCACUUUUCCUGGCAUGUGAAAAUUUGGUGAAAGAAUCAUCCAGUCUUUACUCUGGGGAGAAACAGCUUAUAUUACACAAGAAAUCUAUCCAUGGACUUUCUGAGUUUGAAGUCUCAGGGGAAUAUGAUGCAGUCAUCGUAUGCCUUGGUGCCAAAGUGAAUAUGCUUCCUGAGAUUUCUGGGAGGCUUCCUUUGAGAACAUGCAGGGGUGUAAUUGUUCACCUGGAACCGCCUGACAAUACAAGGUGUUAUCCUGAGCAUGGACCUUCCAUAUUAUCAGAUGCAUGGAUUUCUGUUCAGGGCUCCCGUAGUCUAAAUGUUGGGUCAACUUGGGAGUGGAAAUCUAUAAAUUCAUCGUCAAAUGUUUCUACUGAUGAAGCUUCAAAAGCUCUUCAUCAGCUCCUGCCAAAGGCAUCGGCCAUUUAUCCCGGAAUAAAGGAUUGGGUUUUCACCGGAGCAAAAGCUGGUUUGAGGGCAAUGCCUCCACUCACGCCACAUGGAUCGCUUCCACUUCUGGGUUGUAUUAACGAUUUCAUCGGCAGAAACCAUAGUUGUAAGUAUUGGUUAUUUGGAGGACUAGGUUCAAGAGGAUUGUUAUAUCAUGGUUGGCUAGGUAGUUUGAUGGCACAUGCUGUACUUUCCUGUAAUGAAGAAGUAAUUCCAUCUGAGUUGACUUCUUGGAAAAACAUUAAGCCCAAAUUUUAGCAUUCAAUUGUCAAUACUCAAAUACAUAUCAUUGAAUAUGGAAAUUGUGUACUCCUAGGUGCCUUUAAAUUAAGGUUCCAUUUUGCAUUA